GGAGAUAGGAAAUGAAGAGUUGAGAGUCCCAGCAGCUCUUAUCAUGACUUGUUCUUCGACCUCACCCGAGCUCUCUGUGCCAGAGGCGCUGAGGCAGAUCACAUCAGGGGAUCGCUGACACCUGCACACACUUAGCUCUCCUCCAAUCUCUGUGGCUGGAGCAGCAGGUGUGUGUCACUAAGACGUCACCUGCCUGUCAGAUCAGAUCAGUUCAGAUCAGCUGCUGCUGGUGAGACCACAGAGUCAUGGCCUCUUGGUUUCAACUCACCAGCAUAUUGCUGGUUUGCUUGUUGAGUGGGCUGGAAUUCUCCUCGGCCUUUCCGAGAGAAAGAAGUUCUGAGUAUCCUGACUCCAGGAAACAUUUCUUUGGGAAUCGCUACUCUCUCCAGUACCUCCAGGCUCUGGGACAGCCCCAAGAAAGGCGACUGUCCAUUAUGACUGAUCUGGAAAGCUCUUUGCGCCGUUCCCGUUUUCAAAAUCUACCUGGUCUGGAUCGCACCAGCAUACUAGAGUCUUCACCACUGGCCGGUCCCAGAAGCUUUGGAUUCGGCCUAAAGGUUCCUUCUGCCAAUUUCCUGGUCCAAAGCAAAAAAUUCAGUCCAAUGACUCACAGUUCUGAUUCAAAGAGUGGUGGGAGUUACAGGCCAAGCGGUGUUCAGGGGAAAGGCUCCAUAAAUGAUGAUGAAAUUUCCAAAGCGAGUUUUGAUCUCAGAUUAUCUGUUGCCAUCCCGAGUAGAACCGAAUCUUCAAAAACCAACAGCAGUAAUGGGGAUAAUUUUGCAAAUGUAAGAAGACCAGGAACCGGUGGUUUUGUUCAGAGCAGUAACAUGGAGCCACCAAAACCCCAAUCUAGUUCAACCCAGAGAGGAUCAGAAGAACGCACUAAUGGCAAUCCGGAUAUGUUUUCGUCUGGGCAUGUUGGCCAGUACGCAGUUCCUACUGAACAAAUCAGCCAAGGUGAAAUCCCCACCCGACAGAGUCCGGUAUUUUCAAAGGUAGCCCCAAGAAAAUAUCCAACUCCAUCCCUGCCACAAUAUCCUCAACAAUCUGACAAUGUUUACACAGGAUAUGACAGUGCCCAGGUAAAUCCUUCAAGUAAUGUCUAUGGGCAAGUUCAUAGUGAACAAACCGUUUCACCAGACCCCACAAAUAACCAUCUUUUUUUGUCUCCAUCGGAGUAUGAAGGGGUUCCAAGUGGACAAGACGUAGCUGGUCCGGUCAAACCCAGUGGCAACCACCAAACUUGGAAGCCAGUUGGCACUAAACUUACCUUUGCUUCUGAAAAUCAUAGCGGCCAACAACCAUCUUAUUAUAGCAGCCAACAACCAUCUUAUUAUAGCAGCCAACAACCGUCUUAUUACAGCAGCCACCAACCGUCUUAUUACAGCAGCCACCAACCGUCUUAUUACAGCAGCCAACAACCGUCUUAUUACAGCAGCCAACAACCGUCUUAUUACAGCAGCCAACAACCGUCUUAUUACAGCAGCCACCAACCGUCUUAUAAUAGCGACCAACAAUCGUCUUAUGGUGUCGGCCACCAACCGUCUUAUAAUAGUGACCAACAAUCGUCUUAUGGUGUCGGCCACCAACCGUCUUAUAAUAGCGACCAACAAUCGUCUUAUGGUGUCGGCCACCAACCGUCUUAUAAUAGCGUCCAACAAUCGUCUUAUGGUGUCGGCCACCAACCGUCUUAUGGUGUCGGCCACCAACCGUCUUAUGGUGUCGGCCACCAACCGUCUUAUAAUAGCGACCAACAAUCGUCUUAUGCUGUCGGCCACCAACCGUUUUAUUAUAGCGGCCAACAACCGUCUUAUGGUGUCGGCCACCAACCGUCGUAUGGUGUCGGCCACCAACCGUCUUAUAGUAGCGACCAACAAUCGUCUUAUGGUGUCGGCCACCAACCGUCUUAUAACAGCGACCAACAAUCGUCUUAUGGUGCCGGCCACCAACCGUCUUAUAACAGCGACCAACAAUCGUCUUAUGGUGCCGGCCACCAACCGUCUUAUAACAGCGACCAACAAUCGUCUUAUGGUGCCGGCCACCAACCGUCUUAUAAUAGCGACCAACAAUUGUCUUAUGGUGCCGGCCGACAACCGUUUUAUUAUAGCGGCCACCAACCGUCUUAUGGUGUCGGCCACCAACCCUCUUAUAAUAGCGACCAACAAUCGUCUUAUGGUGUCGGCCACCAACCGUCUUAUAAUAGCGAACAACAAUCGUCUUAUGGUGUCGGCCACCAACCGUCUUAUAAUAGCGACCAACAAUCGUCUUAUGGUGUCGGCCACCAACCGUCUUAUAACAGCGACCAACAAUCGUCUUAUGGUGUCGGCCAACAACCGUCUUAUGGUCAUGGACCGAAGGGGGAGACGGUUCCUCAUUCAAGUCCAGUACACCUUUCAUCUGUUGCUCCAUCACUGUUUGAUAAUAACGGGCAAGUUCAGACGGGGCAAAGGGAUUUCUCUUUAUCUUCUGAUCAGAACAGCGGAGGUCAGAAUGGAAAACCCACUUACACAAAGCUUUUACUUGAUGUGGAAGAUGAACAAGGACAUGGAUAGAACAACUACCUUCCCGCUCCAACAACACAGUCUGGCCAGAACCCGGAUGAGAUGCUUGUUACUAAUCCUAGUCCACUGCCUGCUGAGCUUCAGUCUCUGGUUACAGUGAGCCAAGAUCAACACUGUUCAACACGGCUCCACUUUUGAAAUGUUCCAGAGCAACAAACCUGAUUGUCACAUACCCGGUUCCAGCCAAACUCCUAGCAUGGACAGUGGGGUAGACCAAAUGCAAACUGUGCAUCUGAUCCUUCACAUGUGGGAACGAUUGCUGCCCCUGUUCCAACACACUCUGACCAACAACAUUUCCAGGACCAAGCUCCCAGAGAAUGGCAGAUUCUUUAAGUCUUGGUAAUGGACAAUAUCCUGUUGAUCAAUUGUAACUAUGGCAGCCUGCAUAUUACCAGACCACUGAGACCAGCUAUAGUUUAAAUUUACCUUCCUUCCUACUUCCUUUAGUCUAUAAUACAGCCACCACAGCAGUCCUUGAUGCCAUCAGGGAAAAGCAGAACUGGUAUGUUACAAUACCAAUCUCACAUUUUUAAUAUGCUGUUUUUCAACUAUUGUGAAACUUUUCUUUUUUUACAGACUUUAUGAUCUGAUCUGUAGCAGUGUAUGGAGGAUAUUCUUCAACUGACCAGUUACCAUUAAAAUGU